GGGAAUCAUGUAACAUCUGUCAGUUACACGCUUCUUUGUAAUGUGUCUUAUUUAAAUUAAAAUCUUAACUUUCACUUUCAGAACUUCUAGGAAGAUCAAAUAUUUAGUGCAAAAUCUCUUUUUUUACAAAAUGUAUGCCAUCUGGAUCUUUUUGGUUUAUGUUCUGUCAGUCACUGCCUUAGGACCAGAAGAUUUGUGUGGUACAAUUACAGAGGAAAUAGCUGGCGAGUUUGAUAAAUGUAAUAAAGUUGAUCCUGAAUAUGUUCAGAAAAUCGUUAAAGAAUGCCAGUUAAAAGUGGUUCCAGACGAAGAAGUAAAAGUCUAUCCCUUUUUCACUGCAGGCUGCAAAAAUAAUACUAUUUUCAGAACGUUUGAAAAUUGCAUGGAUGAAAAUAGAAUCAAAAUGACCAUAUGGGACACAGCACUGGGUAGUGCAUGUUACCGAAAUGUUUCCAUCAAAUAUGACCUUGUUUGGCCAUAGUGAAAGCAAGAAGAGACAACUAAUACAGUACAGAAAUACUAAAAUCAAAAUUCUAAAGAUCAUGAUUUACUAUUGUUAACCAUUAUUACAUGAUUUGUUACAAUUCUUUUCAUUUUUUAAAACUUUAUUUCGUAUUAUAAAUUUCCCAAAAGAAAAUAUCUGUAAACUAAAAAUAAUAAAAAAAAAAUGUGAGAAAAAACUCUCAAGUUUAUUUACAGAAAAAGGUUUGUUGAGAAAAUUUAAACCACUCAUGUUAUCUGAUGGAAUAUUGAUCGUAAAAUCAAAUAAAUACAUUGUUACGGAA